UCCAAUUUUCAUGCUACUGAAGAUGGUCGCUGGACUGGUGACCAGGUCGUUACAUACUUCCCCCCGAUUCCAUAUCAAGGCACUGGCUUUCAUCGCUACGUUUUCAUAUUGUACAGGCAAUCCCAUCCGCAGCUAGAUUUUAGUGAAGAGAAUAGGGUCUGA